AUAUAUAUUAUAUUUAGUUCUUACUUGUAAUUUAGACACACCUAUAUGUGUUUAUGAUUAGAAUUGAAGUAGAAUUAUAAUACUUUAUUUUUAGUAUCCAUCCAUCUUGAUCUAGUAGUAUAUAAAGUAUACAUUUAAAUUAUUUUAAGCCCAAAGAGUAAGAUAUAGAGUAACUAGAUAGAGUGCAGUAUUUUAAUUUUAUGUGUUUAAUAAAAAUUCAGCCAUGACCUUUGCAUAUAUUGUGGUUUACUUUAAGUUCUCUGUACCAUCAUGGAUUGUAGAAUUGUGAUGAUCAUGACCAAUCUCAUUUUAACUGGUUCAACACCAUUCUAUUUAUUUCUAUAAUGGGAUGUCAUAAACAAAGACCAGACAUAUAUUUAAAACUGAAUUGGCAUAUAAAUGGCUUUAAUUUUAGAAAUGUUAUUUUCAAAAAGUGGACCUUAUAAAAAUACUUUAGAUCCGGCAUUCUACGAACAUGAACAGUCUAAUUAAUGCCGCUAUUUGCACUAUACUCAAGAAUCAAAUUUAAACAAAAUGGAUUUCCAAUGCAGAAAGUGUGUAGUACUGUUUCUUUUCAUAUCAACAACUACACUUAUGCCUAUAUUAGGAGAGAGUAUAUUGUUAGAGGAAUCCUCAUUGAAGCUGAUUCAUAAUUUAACUGGUGGUGGCGAAGAUAGAUUUCAGAAUAUACAAAGUGAUCAAAGUAGAAAUGAUGAUUCAAAGAGUCUUGGUUGUUACGACCAUCAGGGAAAAUUUGUACCAGUUGGUGAGAAGUAUGCCCCUGAUACUGCAGACAUGUGUUUGCAGUGUACAUGUGACAAGAACUUUCCCAUUUCGUGUCACUCAGUUCGGUGCUCACCACCAUUGAACUGCCCAAAGGCAAAGCUGAUCGAGGGAACUUGCUGUGCAUUUGGCUGUAAUGAUGACUCUGGCACAAACAAUAGUAACUCUUCUACCGAUGGAAACAACAAUAAGGAGGAUGGGGAAAGCAUUACCAAUUUAUCAUUGCGGCUGAUUGCUUCUACAGUCACUUCAUUUUUGGUUCUUGCCCUGCUUCUCUUUAUGGUACAUCGUCUGAGGCAGAGACGCCUAUUGCAGGCUAUGCGCAGGUUUGAAGCUCAUGCCAGGCAGGUCAACAGUGAGGACACAGACAGUGAACCAUACAUUCCUGAUGGUUUCAUGUCUGUCGAGUGUCCACCCUACACUGAUCCUCCUCCCCCAUAUUCCCCACCAAAACCACCACAGAUUAUGCCUGGGGAGCAACCGCCGCCCUACGAAGAAAUCAACCAGAAUGAAGAAAAUGACAGAACCCUGGCCAAUGAACAGAGAAAUGAAAACAACAGUAGUUCUAAUUUAGGUACUUCUGGGCCAGUUCCACCAGCUGCAGCAACAGUUCAUAACAGUGAGUCCUCAGUGAGAAACGAUUUCAUAAUUCCUAGCCGAACUGUUGAGACUAGACACCAACGAUCAGUUAGCAGUGGUGGGUGCCCCCUGCGAGCACCUAACACUUUGCCAGCAUAUGCAAGUACAGAUGUGAUAGACGGUAUAGGUGUGGUGAUCACUCCAGGAAAUGAUGUUGUUAGUUAUACUCCGUACAGUGAGGGCUGGGCCUUGUGGCUCGGUGAUGGCCAUGGCUCCAAUGAGAGAAAUGUGGAUGUUUUUUCUCACCAAAACUCUGUACCACCCACUAGAGAUCGUCCAAGAUCGCUUGGUAACCCUGGUACAUGCAGAUUGCAGGCCAUGCCAACCAUCACAGCUUUUCAAAGGUUUUCAAAUAUAUUUAAAAGGGACAGCUGGAAAGCCAGGAAUCGACGUCGGCAUGUGAGACCUGUAUCAGAGUAUGGUAACCUUCAUCAGUAUGCAACCAUCCCUAGGAAUGAAGCCGCCUCAGAAAUGCACGAUGCUAAUCGGCCAGAUGAUAUCAGGAACCCAUCAAGACCACCCAGGAACAGAUUUCCUGACCGUAUGUGCAUGAGCUACUACAGCUCGCAGGAUGCCUAUAACCUGGGUCUAGUGAGUCCUAGCAGCACAAGCUCUAACAGUUCCAGCAGUGCAGAGCACCAGCACUACGCUAACUCUGCUGUGGCUUCUUCAAGCAAUAGUAACAGUCCGCAUAGAAGAGACAGUUCAUGCUUGAAUAAUCAGUCUGAGGCAAACUCGUCUGACAGAGCUCAUCCAAAGAAUGAUUUGAACCAGCAUACAUCAGUGCAGCAUGCAGCAAACAAUCUGACUUCUCCCUCUAGAACAUGGGCACGAGAAAUUAGCGCUUCAAACCAAAACUCAGGGACAGCCGUGAGUGGUCAAGCACAGUUGGAAUGUAGACAAUACACAAGACACGAAAUGGUUGAUUCUGCGGUGGCCAGAGAAGCUUCCCCUCAGAGGCAGUUUGCUAUGUAUGGUGCCCCUGACAGCACAUAUCAAUCAUUAGCCUCUUUUAUCAAAUCAAAUCCAUCAACAUCUUUAGUUAACCAUAGAGACGCUGGCAAUCAUCUAGACAGACUUGUACAGUCAGACACAGUUGGAAACAUUUCUUCACGGUUUUUAGAUUUCCCAGAACAAAAUUCUUCCCCAGAGAUGCUUCCCAGAUUCUUUUCCACUCUUCCUAUGAAAAGUUUUCACCCAGCAAGAUCAUCCAGUAGUCAUGAAACGGAACAGAGGCAGCCUUCUUCUCAUCCAGAUCACUCUGCCUCAGGCUCAUCAUCAUCCUCCCCGAGCCCCUCUCCAGCGUCUGCUUCUUCAGGAGUCAUGAAGAGAUCCCUGUCUGCCGUGUCCCAGACAUCUAUAUUUUCUGUCUGUUCCGAAACAGGGGAGAAAAAAUUGAAGAGUGUCCUGAAUCAACACGAUGAAAAUACUAGAGUUACUGCAGAUUCAAAAUAUCCAGAUUGUCGAAGUUUAGCUGGAUCAUUGACAAAAACAUUGAAUCAUACAUUGCCAGUUGGUAACAUCACUGCUGGAAGCAUAUCUGAAGUGCAUGAAAGAAAUCAGCAUUCACAAGUCAAUAUUCAGCCAGCGUUUACAUCUGAAGAUGCUUCUUUUCAGUCCAAUAGAAAUACAGAUGUUUCUUUUAACUCCAGAACUGAAAAUGUGCAGGAAUUAUCCACUUUUAUUGUUAACCCAACUACAACUUCUUCUAUGUCACACUCAUCCCAAUGUAGCUCUGUGCCAGAACAGUCUGUCCAGCAGGCAUGUGUUGUCCCUGAAUUAGAUGACUACAAUCUCAACAGUUUACUUGUGGAUAAAUCUCCAUUAAACAAAGAUUUGCCAUCCUUGUGUCAUGAUCUUCAGUUGGUAAAUCUUCCCUCAUCACAUGUGAUGGACAACCAGACUACUUCUAAAGCUGGAAUGAAUUUAUCAACACAAGAGAACACAUUUUCAAUGGACUUAAAUCAACCAGACUCUGUAGUCAAAUCUGAUAAGUCACAUGAUGUUCUUAAAAAGCAAAAGAAAAAAAGGGCGAAAGACAAAAACGUGUCAAGUCCUCAGUUUUUACAUCUCACAAAGUCCAAGCAUAACACAAAUAGCCCGAAACAUAUCCGUGUCCAUUUGGUGGAAAGGAAAGCGGAGGAAAUGCCAGAUAAAGUGAAACCGCCCAGACUUUCAGACAAAAAGCUAAAAGCUGGGCUGAGUAAACCAUCCGUCAGAUUGUCUGAACCAUACAAUAGCUAUAAACUUAUGACUAGAUCUCUUUGUGAUGGGGCCUCUGCCUACGGUAAUGCUGAUGUAUAUAGAAGUAUAGGAGCAGAUGUCUUCACCCCAGGCUCAUCUCGCCCUCUGCCACCACCAUUUUGCCCCAGUUUCACAGACCCCUGGGUUCAUCAAGAUCACCUAGAGACUCUUGUCACGGCUAAUAGGACAGUGCUAAAUAAUUUGAACCAACCCCCAAACCAUCUUUCCCAAGCACCAAGUUAUCCUAAUGGUCAGCCAAUGAACCAACUGAAAAAUGUAAUGUUUGAAACUUCUGUUGGACCACCUGUAAUGGGUACGCUAGUCAAGUUCCCGGAAUGCAAUCUUCAGCAAAGAAAGAAAUCACAUCGGCGUACAGCUCCUGGGGAUAAAUCUCAUGCUUCAAGUCCAUCACGACACAAGACAAGACCUAAGUCGCUUGUGGUGUCAUCCGACAAUGCACAGGAAAAGAAAGAUGCUCUGCCUCGCUCAGCUGCUGGAGACACCAUAGCAACAAAUCGAGGUGCCAAGUCAGGAUUUGGCUAUGACUUAAACUUUGUCGACCAGAAUCGUAUAUCUGAUUGGCAUGCGAGUCAAGACCCAGAAUAUAACCACAAAAGAUGUACGGCACUGGGAUACGAUUCUCUUUAUCUUGCCAACACAACAAAUUCUUUUAAAUUAAACUGUAAAGCUGAUGGUACCACUGAUGUGCCUUGUGCUGCUAGUAAAACUCCCGCUGCAUUUCAUCCGGGCAACAAAUCAGGAUUGAGCAAUGAGCUCUCCUUUGUUUUUCGCAAUGCAGGGAAUGCCAACCGCUCUAAAAAACGACAAUCAGUGCCUGCGUCUUCGAGCACAUUUUUAACGCAGAACCAUCCUUCCACUACUCUGGUAAACCUUUCUAGGCCAGAUGAAGGAGAGAUAACUUGCAAAUUUAGGGGAGAUAAAUCAUCUGACAUGAGGCAUGACAGAAUGACAGUGAGCAGUGAUGAUUACAGUGAAGCGACAAGCUAUGUGUAAAACUUGUGUUUUAUAAAAAAAAAAAUCAAC